GAGAGAGAGAGCGAAAGAGAGAGAGAAUAACCCUCCAUGCUGUGCCAAGUUUUUCCAGUCUUUUUUUUGAUGAGGCGUGAGUGUAUGUGUGAGAGAGCGGGUGUGUGUGUGUGUGUGUGUGUGUGUGUGUGUGUGUGUGUGUUGGUAGAGUAGGUGUCUAAGACUGAGUGGGAAUGCCUGUCAUCAUGUGUAGGCACCUGUUACCAUGGGAACCAUCUGCCGCCACACUCAAGCUCUCUUUGCGCUGCCCACACAGUGUCACACUGCUGAUACAGAGAGAGAGAGAGAGAGAGCGAGAGAGAGAGAGAGACAGGAAAGUGUUUGGUCAUCAUUAGUAACUGUGUGUGUGUGUCUGUGUGAGUGUCAUCAUGACCCUGGAAUGACAUCAUGACCAGGUGAUUGUUCCCAGCUGGCCGCUGUUGAGGCAAAAAAACCAUAAUGUGACCCAACACAUUCACACAUGGUCCCUGAAGUAAAACUUUAACAAGUUUCAAAAUUAUCUUAAACUCCAUCUUAAAGUUUAGGUUAUUCAGUAAUUUAUAUCCGGUCCAUCUUUAGCACCAGGGAGAAAAACUUUAACACGUUCCCUGUACGGAGAUAAGAACAGAAAGCUCGUUUAAUCAAACCUUAAUAGAAGUCUGAGAGCAGUUUCUGAAUUGAACUAUACAAAUAUAUUAAAUUUAGUCUGUCAAAGCCAUGCUAUAGGCAUUACACUGUAACAGCAAAGGUGUUAGGACUAGACAGUCAUGAGAGAAAGUAGAGAAAAUCCAAAGAUGUUCUUACUGAAAUGUGUUCAGCUGUUCAACACACUAAAAAGUGCAGUGCCUGGCAUAAAUAUUCACCCUCUUGACUUCCGAAAAUCACCCUGAGAACACUAUCCCCACAGUGAAGCAUGGUGGUGGUAGCAUCAUGUGGAGUUGGAUUUAAUAGUGCUCUGCAGGUUGUUACAAUUUUGGGAUAUUUUUAACAACCAAAUCCUAACCAAUACUUUUUCAGAACUUUUGUCCAGGACUUGUUUUAAUAGCCCCUUUAGUCUUUUUAUUUGGGUGUGUUCUGUAAUAAGAGCAGGUGUGUUUUUAUUGAGAUCACGCGAACCAUUAUUCACACAUUCAACUAACAAUGUGACUGGUUGCGCUAGAACUAAUUUAGGGGUUUCACGGCAAUGGGGGUAAAUACUUAUGCAAUCACAACUUUUGUGUUUUUUUGUUUUUUAAUUGUAAAUGAUUUCGCAUCUUAUAUUGAUUUUGUUUUCUCUCCACUUCAGUAUUAUGGGCAAUUUUGUGUAGAUUCGUGGCAUAUAAUUGCAAUUAAAUCUAAUUCAGAUCCAGGUUGAAAUACUGCAAAAUGUGGAAAAGUUCAAGGGGGUGAAUACUUAUGCAAGGCACCUAUAGAUUUAUUUCCUGACAUUUUGCUAAAAGGUUUGUGGUAUCCAUUCAUGAGGAAGCCAGAACUGAGACUCUAUUUCCCAACUUGAGCUUUAGACGAAAUUGAACAACUGCCCUCAUCCUUCUGCUGUAAUAUUUGAGUAAAUAGGUUUAGUGUGAUGUUUGUUUGUUUGUUUGUUUGUUUGUUUUCAGUACAGGCUCAAUAUCAUGAUGAUAAAUAUACUACGAAUCUGGUAGAUAGAGAUUAAGAUAGAAAAUGCUGGAAUAUUCCUGUAAUCUUACCCUUAUUCUCUCUGCUACAUGAAUUUACAGUACGUUUGUGUUCUGCCUGUGAAUCACAGGUCACAGGACUUGUGACUGUUUAUGUAAGUGUUUUAACUCCUUCGCUCUCCACUUUAGAUGGAUGACUGUCUUCAGAGGAGUCUGAGCGUUUUGGACCGCCUCCUCCUCACACACUCCAUCUGGCUCCAACUGUCAAUCAACCCUGACUCCGCCCUCUGCAUCCUGCAGAGAGAGAUAGCUGGGACUUUUCUGGUGUGUAAGUGUGCAGUCACUCAGAGGAAGGUGCUGUGUGUGAGGGUUCAGGAAAGCAAUGUGUGUGUUGCACAAUAUCCCAUCCGAGAGGAAGACUCCACAUUCUCUCUGGAGAGCUCAGCCCUGAGUUUUCCUGAUUUGUGCAGAUUAGUGGCCUUUUACUGCAUUAGCAGGGAUGUGUUGCCUUUCCCACUUGAGCUUCCUGAAGCUAUCGCACAGGCCACCAACCACACACAGCUAGAGAGCAUCUCACACCUUGGCUUGGAGUUCUGGAGCUCUCAGGCCUCCCCUGGCCCCCCCAACGGCCCUCCCACCAUGUCUGUGACCUGGACAUCCAGGCCACGAUCGCCGUGUUUCAUCAAUCCCCUCUUCCUGCAGCCUUCCCAGCCAAGUCGAGAGGCUUCACACAAACGCCACAGAUUGAAACGCAGUCUGCGAGUCCGCGUGUCCACCGAAUCGUCCUUCAGCCUGACCCCUGGAGACUCGGAGUGGAGCCAGGGCGACUCGGACGUGCUGAGAAGUAACGAGAGGAUGGCACGGAGGGCAGGGGGCCUGAGCAUGCUUCGAAGAACUGCUGCUCUGGUACCUACGUCAGAAGAAGAGGAUGAGCAGAUGCUGGGAGAGGUGCCUCCAGUGAGUGUGUAUACCGAGCUUAAGGACCUACCACAGGAUGAGGGGCUCUGCGUGGCAUUGGAGCGACGACAUGCUCCUUCUCUCGCUGAACUGGACAGCAACAGUUCCUUCAGCAGCCUGGAAGAGGAAGAGUCGCAGCCGGACUCGGCGCUGCAGUGGCCUCCCCUCACGCGGGGCACCCGUUUCCCUGUCGCCAACCCUGCCUCCACCCUACGCCGCAUGAGUGCUGCAUUCGUGUGUGUUUUUGCUCCUGAGCGGCGUGUGGCCCGGCUGGUUGACGAGCUGUCCCGAGACAGGCGCUCUGCCUUUGGAUCGCUGAUCCAGGAUUUCUUACUAAAGCAGAAGGAAGAACUGAAGGUGCCGAGUUGGAGCUCAGCCGUGGAGCUGCUUCAGGGAUUGAGGAGGUUCCUUUCCCAGGCCAAGAGUCUGCUUCUGGAGGCUGGAGAACUGGAACCUCCCAUAGAGACCCUGGUGCCUGAGAAUGAGAAAGAGCUGGCUUUGGAGAAGGCUGUGUUUGGUUGUGUACUGAAACCACUGAAAGUUCAGCUGGGCCAGAUGCUGCUCACGCUCCACACACAGGAUGGCACUCUCCAGAGAUUCACUAACAGCCUGCAGGCCUGUCAGGAGGGGGCCCUACAGCGCCUGGGUGUACGCGUGGCAGUCCUGGAUGCUCAAGGUGUGGAGAGAGCAAAGAAAAAGCUCAAUCUUAUGCAGAGAAGCCACUCGCCCAUAGACAAAGUGCUGCUUCUGCUACAGGUGUGCAAGAGUGUGUACAAGGCCAUGGGAGCACAAUCUGAACAGGAAUUCAGCUCGGAGGAUUUCCUGCCUGCUCUGUCUUAUGUGGUGGUUCAGUGUAACAUCCCACAACUGCUGCUGGAGACGGAGUACAUGAUGGAGAUGCUGGAGUCGUCUUGGCUGUCAGGAGAGGGAGGGUACUACUUGACAAGCAUCUAUGCCAGCCUGUGCCUAAUCCAGAGCCAGCCUGGUACCCCGUGUCCUGGUGGUUUAACCAAUGAAGCCCAGGAGAAUCUGAGAGAAUGGAGCAAGAGACGAUCCCAGGAGGCCAAACUCCAUAAAGAGAGCCAGCAGAAUCAGAGGUUUGUACGUAUUCUUUUCCAGAACACUGAGUGUUGCGCAGCCCGUACUCUCCAAUGGAAAGCAGGUGAGAGCGUGGAGGUGUUAACCCGAACCUGCGCAGAGGUGUUCGCUAUAAACGAGCCACAGCAUUAUUGUCUGUUCUGGAGGAAUGCAGGGGAGAUGCAUCCUGUUCCUCUACAUACACAGCCUCACGAGCUGGGUGCCCCCACCCUAUCCUACCUCCGCAAAGAUCACGACUUCAGCAAGAUGCGCAGGCUGACCAGAGGUGGCGCUGUGGAUCUCGAGGAGUCUGCGUGUGAGGAGUAAGGACUUGACCGUACUUUGCUGGGCCUGUUUUCCACAGUGAUGUGGUAUGAGGACUAUGAAGCGAGUGCGUGUGCAUGAAUGUGUGUGUGUGUGUGUGUUUGUGUGAUUGUUUACUUCAGGCCUGGCAAGAACUGAUGAUCAGUUAGGUUCCACGUCAGUACGCCACUGAAGAAACGGAGAGCUCAUGGCUGAAACGUGAAAGCUAGAUUAAUGCGGAACGAUACUUGGUAAUAAUGCUUAAAGCAAUAGUUGCCAGUAAAGGGAUCAAGAACUAGCCGACUUUUAAAUUACCUGCUACACAGAAUAUAAAUACUGUUCUAGUUGUCCUUAGAGUGGUUGCCAAGAUUCUCUGCUGAACUUCAAUACCAAAGUGUUGAACAUGAUUCCUUUAUACAGCAUCUUUUUUAACAGGUGGAUGAAUAAAUAAGUAUAUAUAUAUGUAUAUUAUGUACAUUUACAUGUACGCAUCUGAGAUGCCCCGAGUGUCAGUAUUCUAUAGAGUCAGUAAAAAAAAAAAUUAGGCUCUUUCAACUGUAUCGUAGUGCUUUAAUAUAUAUGUAGGAGAAAGCAAAGCAUUUCCGGUCUUGUAAAUAGUUAUAGUUAAAGUGUUUUGAGGUUGUCUUUGGUAUCUUUUUAAACAGUAAACUGGAAAACUGUACUGUAAUUUAUUUUUGAGCUCCUUUAUUUUGCUCAGUACUGACUGAAUGAAAUAAUGUCAGCCUUACAGACUUGGGUAAAUUUGGUAAAUUGCAUUGACUUAGUAAUUGUAUUUGAAUUGUGUAAAUAACCUCUAAGAUGAUCCUGCUGAAUUUUUUUUUGUCAUAGUGAAUGUUCCAGUCAUUCCUGCGAAGGUGUGGCUGGACUGUGAAGCUGUACCGUGUUGCAUUCGCUGAAUGUGCUUUAAUGGUAACACCCCAUGGUGCUUUGAAGUGAUCGCAUAAACAUGCUAAAUGGAUUGACUGGUUUUUCGCUGUGUGAACUGACCAUUUUAUCCUGUUUUACUGGAUCUCAUGCAAACGCUGAACUUUGUAACA